GGCAUGUGUUACAUUGGCCUCGUUUGCUAAAUAUAUCAAUAACCACUUAGUAUUUCCAAACAUGUGUUUGUGAGAGGGAAUAUUAUUCGGGUAUACAGGUGUUAUGAACAACUAUGAAAUUGUCCGUCAGAUUGGAGAGGGUGCGUUCGGGAAAGCCUUCUUGGCCAGGGACAGAGAUGGAGGAUGUGAAACAGAGUGUGUGGUCAAAGAAGUCAACCUCAGAAAGAUGUCUCCUAGAGAGAAGGAAGCGUCCAAGAAAGAGGUGACACUGCUCUCCAAGAUGAAGCAUCCCAAUAUUGUCACUUUCUUCAAAUCAUUCAACGAGAGUGCUAGUCUGUUUAUUGUGAUGGAGUAUUGUGAUGGAGGGGAUCUAAUGAAGAAGAUCGGCAUGCAGAGAGGGAUUCUGUUCUCUGAGGAGCAGAUCCUGGACUGGUUUGUACAGAUCUGCCUUGGACUGAAGCACAUUCACGACAGAAAGGUCCUGCACAGAGAUAUCAAGGCACAGAAUAUCUUCCUCACCAACAGUGGUAUGACUGCCAAGUUGGGGGACUUUGGAAUAGCAAGAAUGUUAAACAACACCAUGGAACUUGCCAGGACUUGUGUGGGGACACCCUACUACCUGUCUCCAGAAAUCUGUGAGAACAGACCAUACAAUAACAAGACGGAUGUCUGGUCCCUGGGCUGUGUCCUCUAUGAACUCUGCACUCUGAGACAUCCAUUUGAGGGGAGCAGUCUGAGACAGCUGGUGGGGAAGAUCUGUAAGGGGCGCUGUAACCCUGUGUCGGCACGCUACUCCUACGACCUCCGCUUGCUGGUCGCUCAGCUCUUCAAGGUCAGCCCUCGAGACCGGCCCUCCGUCACCUCGGUCCUGAGGCGCCCGCUCCUGGAGAAGCGCAUUAGCAAGCUGCUAGACCCCCAGGUGAUUGAGGAGGAGUUCAGCCACACAGUGCUGCACAGAAGGUCACCUUUAGACCCUCGUCAUGCUGCUAAGGUGCAAUCAGGGCCAGCACAGACACCAGUGAAGGUCCCCAAGCCCAGAGCCCCAGAGAGGCCUGUUCCUCAGCCAAAGCCUGGGCCCCCGGUGAAGAAAGCUCCCCCCAAACCAGAGUGGAAAGCCCCAGUCAGCGUCUACACCCCCCAGCAUAAACCGUUUGCCCCCAGAGGGGCGUCAGGGGGCAAACCGCCGGCCAGACAACAUGCUCAACAACACCCCAGGUGGCCCAGCAGUCGGCCAGUCAACUUCUACAACCACUACCACGCUCAGCUGGACGCCAUCCAGAGACACAAGGACAAGACCCCUGUCCCUCCCCCUCCCCACCAUCCUCCCCCUCCUCCUCUCCACCACCCUCCUCCCCCCCCCUCUCCCUCCCCAGGCUCAGCCCCAGGAGGAGUGCGAGGCCUGGGUCGUCCCAGUAGAACCCUACCAGCUAGUGUGUAUCUCUGUGUGUGUGUGUGUGUGUCUGUGUGUGUCUAUGUGUGUGUGUGUGUGUCUGUCAGUGUGGCUGCGGCUCGUGAUGAAUACCUCCAGAGGAGACGAGAGGCUGACCAGUACAAGCAGCGGGCAGAGAAACAGCUGGGACUGCGUCCCUCCACGGCAGACGCAGAGAGGUACAGACAGCCAGGGCCCGGCCAGGGGCCCCCGCGGGCCCCACACAAGGACAGGAGACAGGGGGAGCAGCAGGAGUAUUUAAGGCAACUGCAGCACAUCAGACAACAGUAUUACAACGAUAUGAAGGAGAUCCGAAUGAGAGCUGGAGCUGAGGCCCAGCCAGUGGUGAAGCCAGGUACCUACCUAGUGGAGCAGGCCAGACCCUCAGAGACACCAGCGCCCAGAGAGAGACCAGCGCCCAGAGAGAGACCACACCCUGCCCAAGACGUGGAGGGGGCGCUCAGACAGAUUGGUGAGGAGAACAGGAGGGAGAGGAGAGCCCUGCAGAGACAACACCAAGACAAGGAGGUGGACAUACUGAACCAGACCCUGAGCUUCCAGGCAGGGGAGGAGCUGAGACACAGGGAUUGGUCGGUUCCAGGAGAGAAGGCAGAGGAGAGACUCAGGGAUUGGUCAGUUCCCGGAGAGAAGGCAGAGGAGAGACACAGGGAUUGGUCAGUUCCCGGAGAGAAGGCAGAGGAGAGGAAGGCCUGGGGUGCCGGAGCUCCCCAGACUCUCCUGAAGGCCUUGGCAGAGAUGGACCUAUCAUCUGUCUACACCACCAUGGCUGCAUCUGAACAGGGGGAGACACCAGGGGAGACACCAGGGGAGACACCAGGGGAGACACCAGGGGAGACACAAGGGGACAGACCAGGGGAGGGACCAGGGGAGACACCAGGAGAGACACUAGGGGACAGACCAGGGGAGGGACCAGAAGAGACACCAGGGGAGACACCUGAAGAAACAACAGGUGAGACACCUGAAGAAACAACAGGUGAGACACCUGGAGAGACCACAGGAGAAACACCAGGGAAGACAGCAGAGCCCCUGACAGAGAAGGACACAGCAGAGGACAAGAGAGAGGGGGAGGAGGAAGAGGAAGAGGAGGAAGAUUCUGACGUGGAAGUGGACGAGGAGCGUCUGGAACCCAGGUCGGAUGAUGAUGACACGAACUUUGAAGAGUCUGAGGACGAGCUGCACAAAGAGGUAGCAGAGUCCAUGAAGAACCUGUUCAUCAUGGAGGAUGGACAGAGCGAGGAGGAGGCAGACAGGGCAGGGACAGAUGGAGAGGAGGAGGAGGGCUGUGGAGAACCGGAGGCACUGGACCCCCGGCAGAUCAAACCGUUGUGGGAGGCUUCAUCAGACACCUCCAUGCAGGGGAGCCCCCUGGCAGCGGGCCCCCAGGGAGAGGGCUGCGAGGCUGGGCUUGUUCUGCCAGCCCAGACCCAGGCAUCAGCUGGCCGCCAGGCCCAGACCAGCAGCACUGAGGACACCUAGUCAGAGACGGCAAAAGUACUCACAUGCUUCACUCAUGUUUAAAAAGACUCUGGUAACAGUUGAAGUGCUGACUACACUUUUUUACUCAAGUUAAAGUAAAGAACUAUGGGCUCUGACAUAUACUGAAGUAAAGAGCAGCCAUUACUACUACCUGUUGGACCGCACAUCUUAUUAAUACAAAAAGACACCAAAGACUAAACUUUUUUCCACACACAGUGUAAGGAAAAGUGAGGGGAGAGAACAGAGAAGUCUAAAACGGAGUAGAUUACCAUAAAGCACAAUGAGUACAGUAAAGUACAGUGGUCAUCAAGUACUCAUCAAUGAUGCAAACCUUGUAGGAGAAACUGCAAAAUAUUUUUUCAACCUUUUGAAACCUUUGAAAGGUUAAAAGAAAAUGCUUUUUAUUUGGUUUUAUAUUGGGUUAAGUUGUUGCAGCACAACGAUGGGUCGUUGUAAAACCUUCAGGUCAUUGUGACCCUAAGGCAGUUUGUUGUUAAGUUUGUUAAGUUUGUUGUGCGGGAUAGCCAGGAAAUGAAAAAAAUGUAGUAAUGUCAGUAAAAAGUUUCCAGAAAAGGAAUGAAAUCUACUGAUACCAGAAGAAUCUACAAAAACUAAGUACAUAGUGCACAUAGCAGCAGACACAUUAGUAUUCAUAUCCAUGUCAUUCUUUAUUGUGAGAUGUGAGAAAUGUCCACUGCAAAAACACAAGAUGUGAAUUCCUGGAUUUACAUGAAAUAAGACUGAAUUUGAUCAUUCUAUAACUCCUAAAGUGCUUAAAAAUUGUUUAGUUUUGUUGUUAAUUCUGCUAGAUGAAGCGAACUGAGACAGGAUAACCCUUCUCUCCAACGCCCAGCGCUGUAGUAGCCUGUGGUAAAAGCAUGAAAUGUGGAAGAUUGUCCACCCUCAGGUAUGCAGUGGAAGCAAGCAUUUACCAGAUGUCAACUGUGUUAAUAUAAAGUAUUGUUGAAACUAAAGUGAAUAUAAUAAUUUUUUCAAGUCCAUAUACCACAUUUACAACAAUAUACUAUUUAUAAUAUAACUAUUUUACUUUAUAUACAUUUCCUUUUUAAUAACAUUUGACAAUGCUUUUUGACACUUCUGUAUUUUUUCAUCUCUGCAGGGAUAGAAAAUUUGGUCAGAUUUCUUUAAAAAUGUUGGUCUAAAAAAUACUAUUUCAAGUACUCCUUUAAUGUAAACAUAAACAAGAAUGUCUAAACCAGAAUACCACCCCCAGCUAAGACUCCUUCACAUCAGUGAAACAUAGUUAAA